AUGGGGAGCAAGCCUCCCAGCAAGGUGGUGGUGGCCAGUGGCUCCCACCUGCGCGUCACCUUUGACCCCCAGGGUGAGGAGGGCGCGAGGCUCCGGGCGAGGCGCCCGUCCCGGCCCGACGCCGUGCCGGGGGGUCACCCCUUCACCUGUCCCUUCCGCGGGCGGCCCCCGGCCCGGGAGCGGACCCUCUCCCCGUCCCUGAGGCGUGCGGGCUGCCCGCGGGCGGCGGCCUGGCCUGAGGGAGCCGCGCUCCCCGCGCCCCGCUCCCGGGCCCGGCCUCCCAGCAGGCCGGGCGCCCGCCCCUCGCCCUGGGCUCGCCGGCCCCCCGGGACACGUGGCCCGGCCCCCUUCCCGGUGGGAGCUCGCUUCCCGCCGGCGGCGUCCCGGCUCGGGGGGACCCCGGAGCGCCGGGCCUCCACGCCCCUGCUCCCCGCCGCUCCGGAAGAGAACCUGAGUUGUCCCGGAGGACAGCCCUGGGAGAGCUGCCCUGCUGUCUGGGGACUGGCCCCUCCCCGGGCGCCGAGAGGCGCCCCCCCACGCCCAAGUGACCUUGUGUCCCCGGGCAGCGGCCGCCUCCCCCGGCCCCCUCGGCGCCUCGCCGCUCGGGUCCCCCCCUCCCGGCCACUCCGGGCUCAGGCUAGCCCAGCCUGUCCCCCCCUCCCACCAUGCACCAGCCUGACCUCGGGGGUGGGGGUGGGGGGGGCAUCGCUCCCGCUUCUCGGGGGGCUUCGGCUGGGGAGCCGGCUCACGGGCUGUCCCCGAGGAGUGUGGAACUAA